GAAACCUUCCGGUUCCCCUGUUUCAUUUUGCUAUCUGUCGGUAGUAGAUUUUUUAGUAGCUUGCAACCAUGGAGGACUCUAAAAACAAAGAGAAGAAGCCGUCCGAAAAAUCCGAUGAGCAUGAAAAGAACAAGGAAAAAGACUCCCAGCCUUCGGGAAAGGAUAAAGAGAAGAAGGAGGAGCAAGAAUUGUCUGAAGAAGAUAAGCAAUUACAAGAGGAUUUGGAAAUGAUGGUGGAGAGGCUAGGCGAGAAGGACACAUCAUUGUAUCGUCCUGCACUGGAAGAGUUACGCAGGCAAAUACGCUCCUCAACCACCUCCAUGACAUCUGUGCCCAAGCCUCUAAAAUUUUUGCGACCACAUUAUGGCAAGCUUAAAGAAAUCUAUGAAGGCAUGGCCCCAGGUCAAAACAAGCAUUUCUGUGCAGAUGUCGUAUCAGUGCUGGCCAUGACAAUGAGUGGCGAGAGGGAGUGUCUCAAGUACCGCCUGCUGGGCUCCCAGGAAGAGUUGGCUUCCUGGGGACAUGAAUAUGUUCGGCAUCUGGCUGGUGAGGUAGCAAAAGAGUGGCAGGAGGUGGAGGAGAAUGAUAAGACCCAGCAGGAGACAUUGCUGAAGCUGGUGAAGGAAAUCGUACCUUAUAACAUGGCACACAAUGCUGAGCAUGAGGCUUGUGACCUCUUAAUGGAAAUUGAGAGGCUGGACAUGCUUGAGGAAUACAUUGAUGAGAAUGCCUAUGGCAAGGUUUGCCUGUACCUCACAAGUUGUGUGAGCUAUGUUCCGGAGCCAGAAAACUCUGCACUCCUUCGGUGUGCCUUGAAGAUCUUCAGGAAGUUUAACCGUUAUCCUGAAGCUCUACGAUUGGCCCUGAUGCUCAAUGAUGUGGAGCUUGUAGAAAAUAUCUUCACAUCCUGCAAAGACAUAGUUAUUCAAAAGCAGAUGUCCUUCAUGCUUGGCCGACAUGGCAUGUUCUUGGAGCUUAGCGAGUUUGUGGAUGAUUACGAGGACCUGACAGAGAUCAUGUCCAAUGUGCAGCUCAACAGCAAUUUCUUGGCUCUGGCCAGAGAGUUGGAUAUCAUGGAGCCCAAAGUCCCAGAUGACAUCUACAAAACGCACCUGGAAAAUAAUAGGUUUGGAGGUAGUGGCUCCCAAGUAGACUCAGCCCGCAUGAACCUGGCCUCUUCCUUUGUGAAUGGCUUUGUUAAUGCAGCAUUUGGCCAGGACAAGCUGUUAACAGAUGAUGGCAACAAAUGGUUGUACAAGAACAAGGACCAUGGCAUGUUGAGCGCUGCAGCAUCUCUAGGAAUGAUCUUGCUUUGGGAUGUGGAUGGCGGUCUAACCCAAAUCGAUAAAUAUCUUUACUCAUCUGAGGACUACAUCAAGUCUGGUGCCCUCCUUGCUUGUGGUAUUGUAAAUUCUGGGGUGAGAAAUGAAUGUGACCCAGCUCUUGCCCUGCUCUCAGACUAUGUCCUCCACAACAGUAACACCAUGAGGAUAGGCGCCAUUUUUGGAUUGGGUCUAGCUUAUGCUGGCUCCAAUAGAGAAGAUGUUCUGUCUCUUCUUCUGCCUGUCAUGGGAGACUCAAAAUCCAGCAUGGAGGUGGUUGGAGUGACGGCUUUGGCGUGUGGUAUGAUAGCUGUGGGGUCAUGUAAUGGUGAUGUGACUUCCACCAUUGUGCAGACGAUCAUGGAGAAGAAUGAACAGGAGCUGAAAGACACAUAUGCACGCUGGCUCCCUCUUGGUUUAGGACUCAACCACUUGGGUAAAGGAGAGGCCAUCGAGACCACUCUGGCAGCUCUCCAAGUUGUUCCUGAGCCUUUCCGCAGCUUUGCCAACACGCUAGUCGAUAUUUGUGCUUAUGCAGGCUCUGGCAAUGUGCUGAAGGUACAGCAGCUUCUCCACAUCUGCAGUGAGCACUAUGAGGCCAAGGAGAAAGAAAAAGAAGAUGAUAAGGACAAAAAAGACAAAAAGGAUAAAGACAAGAAGGACACUGCUGACAUGGGCUCUCACCAGGGGGUAGCUGUCCUUGGUAUUGCCCUCAUUGCCAUGGGGGAGGAAAUAGGCUCGGAAAUGGCACUGCGGACGUUUGGGCAUCUUCUGCGUUAUGGUGAGCCCACCCUCAGGCGUGCGGUGCCACUUGCUCUGGCUCUCAUCUCUGUGUCCAACCCACGUUUGAACAUCUUGGACACCCUCAGCAAGUUUUCCCACGAUGCUGACCCCGAGGUCUCACACAACUCUAUCUUCGCAAUGGGAAUGGUGGGCAGCGGAACAAAUAAUGCCCGCCUGGCCGCAAUGCUGAGGCAGCUGGCGCAAUAUCACGCCAAAGACCCCAACAAUCUCUUUAUGGUUCGAUUGGCCCAGGGUCUGACUCACCUGGGUAAAGGCACACUGACACUCUGUCCCUACCAUAGCGACAGGCAGCUGAUGAGUCAGGUUGCCGUGGCUGGGUUGCUUACUGUGCUUGUCUCCUUCCUCGAUGUCAAGAACAUAAUCCUUGGAAAAUCUCACUACAUUCUUUAUGGCCUGGUUGCUGCCAUGCAGCCGCGUAUGCUAGUCACCUUUGAUGAAGAACUUCGACCACUACCAGUUUCUGUCAGAGUUGGUCAGGCCGUGGACGUUGUGGGCCAAGCAGGCAAACCUAAGGCCAUCACAGGUUUUCAGACCCACACAACACCAGUUUUGCUAGCACAUGGAGAGAGAGCAGAGUUGGCCACAGAGGAGUACUUACCCGUCACCCCCAUCCUGGAGGGCUUUGUUAUCCUUCGCAAGAACCCCAACUAUGAAACCUAGACUGUUGUGAAACCCUUCCCCUAAGCCCCUGCAUUCCUUGUAUUUUCAAGGUUAACCCUACAUUUUGAUCUUUAUAUCUUUACUAUAUUGCUGGAAAGAGCAAUGGUCUGAUGCCAUGUGGCCACCCCCAUUUGAUUUGAGCAAAGAAUGGUUGGGGCUCCGGCUAAUUGAACUGCUCAGACUUUGGAGAGGUCCACUAGGACCUUACCCAAUCAACAUAGAGCUGCCAUACCUAGCUAUUGGCUUCAAUUCAAGAGCCAUCCAUAGCCCUCCUGUAAAUGUUUCAGUUAUUACAAUUUUUACCCAGCUGUAUUCAUUGCAACCAAUGUUUUUGUCCCCACUAUUUACAUCCUCAGCUCUAAUUUUUCAUCAAAACAUUCAACAGUUGGUAUUUUUUGUCACUUUUUUUUUUUUUUUUUUUUAAAGUUUUGUUACAGUACUGUAAAAGGUUUGUUCAAAAAUAAAACAUGUAUACAUAUUGUGCCAUUGUUUUUUACAUUAACAUUUUUAGUUAAUCUCUGUAAAUGAUCUUCAUUUGGACUUCAGUUCUAAUAUCAACAACUUGUAUUUAUUUACUGUAACAUUUUUACAACUUUUACAGGCGUCCUAACUGCAGUUAUCAUUUUUGUCUUGUAAAAAUGGGUUAACAGACUUGUCAAUUGAGGCGGACUCUUGCUGCAGUUUAACAUAUAAUGUGUGGGGUGUGUUGGUCCGAUCUUAAGAAAAUGUACUGUAAUGAGGGUCACAGGUGAAAUAAACCUGAUUCCAGCUGA